AUGGUCACAGGAGUGACAGACUACCAGCCACCGUUCUAUAUACCGCAUGUCUUACAGGCACGGGCGAGACAGUUUUACCUAACGUACAACGGCUGCAACUUUAGGUGCAUCACUCUGGAGCCCUCCCUGGAUAUCCCGUACAAGGGACGAUGCUUGUUUGUCCAUGGCUACAGAGAGUGCGGCGAGCUGCAUCUUCGCAUGAUGGAUGCUCUUACUCUUCACGGCUACGCGUGCUUCAUAUUUGACCAGCGCCGCAACGGGCUUUCGAGGCCUCGAGGAAUAUUCGAUUACACCAACGACCACUACACUUUCCGGGACCUUGAGUUUUUCGUCAGCUACAACCUGGCUAUCGAGAGUGACAACCUGUGUCUGGUCGGCCACUCGAUGGGGGGAGCCAUUGUCCUCAAUUACAUGGUGAAUGGCGCCAACAGGCACAGAAUCCGGACUGUUGUGACAUCUUCGCCACUGUUGCUUCACCGCGACAACAACUCGUUGUGGAAAUUUUUGCUCCUGCUGGUUCUGAGCUACGUUCCGUUGGUCAACUUGCUGACGCUGCAAAAAACAGAUGUCGACGUCAUCAGAAAGCAACAAGUGCUGCAAAAUGCUCUGGAAGAGGAAAAGCUCGGAAAGGUGGCUACGAGGAACAGACUAACUAAUGAUAUGAAGUGGCUCAAGACGGUCAACGAGGUGCGUCUGAUCUCAAAGCCAGGGACGAUCGAGGAGGUCAUACAUAUUCUGAGGCGCGGCAUAUAUCUGCUGGACAACUGCGACAUGGCCCGUGAAAAGUAUGCGGAGCUCAAACGUUGCAAGUUCCUGGUGUGCCAGACUUACGACGAUCCUCUGGCGGAUACUCGAGGCGUGCACAGCUUCGUGAAGGCUAUUCCGGACAUCCGGAUCCGGUGGUACGACAACUGCAAACACGCGCUGUUUAUUGAGCGGAAUGAAGUGUUUGAGCGCGUUCUCGCUGACGUUUUGGAGAUCUUGAAUGAGUAG